AUGGGGGUGAAGAAGAGCCUUCAGACUGGAGGCAAUUUGCUUAAUCUCUUGAGCAGCGUCCUCACAGUACUAUCCACUACUACCAGCUACUGGAUCCGACAACAAGGGGGACACAGUGGCCUAUGGCAGGAGUGUACCCAUGGCGUCUGCUCCAACAUGCCCUGCCAGAACACCUUGGCAGUGACCACAGCAUGCAUGGUGCUGGCAGCAGCCUUCAGUAUCGUAGCUUUGGGGAUGGGGAUAAGGAUUCAGUGUCAAGAGGCCGAGUCACUACGUAGCCAAAAUACCAUUGUCUUACUUUUUCUCAGCGGGCUGCUGCUGCUGAUUGCAUUGACCGUAUACACUGCAAAGAAUGCCUGGAAGCCAGAAGUCUUCUUCUCCUGGUCCUACUUUUUCGGAUGGCUUCUGCUUUCUGCUUGCCGACAUGAUCAUGCAGAGCACCGAAGCCAUCAGCGGGUUCCCAGUGUGCCUGUGAAUGCGGCCUGCCUGGGGCAGAAUAAAGGAAUGGCUUUUAGCAUCGUCCCUGCGUGCUUUUCUGCGGAACGUAGAGACAUAAGCUUGAAGACUACAGGGACACGGAUAAAGUGACUUGUAGAGAGUUAAGGAGGUCAGAAGGAAUAUGGGAGGGUAGGAACGGAGACGUGAACUGUGAACUCUGGAACCAGGUGUGUACCCCGGGGAUUUGCAGGAGAUGCGGAAGUAGGGAGAGGGUGUGCAGACAAACCGACACCGGGUAGUCCUAGGGAACGUAGGCGCAGAGGAUGUGGGCACAGGGAGAGAGUACGGGACUCGGGGGAGUC